AGGGACUCCGGGGAUGAUGGGGGCGCUGAAGGAGCAGACAGGGACUCCGGGGGCUAUAGGAGAACUUAGGGAAGAAGGCAGAGACCCCGGGGACUAUAGGGAAACUGAGGGAAGGGAACAGGGGCUCUGGGGACUAUAAAGGAACUUAGGGAAGGAGGCAGAGACUCCGAGGGCUACAGGAGAUCUGACAGAAGGGGACAGAGACUCCGAGGGCUAUAGGAGAACUGAGGGAAGAGGACAGGGACUCUGGGGACUCCAGGGGCGCUGAGCAGGGCAGACAGGGACUCCAGGGCUAACCUGACACCUGGCCGAAGGCAGAGCGGGGCGCCGGCGAUCCCGGCGCCGCAGGAGCAGGUGCGGGAUGGGGCAGAAGCCACUCACCGAUUCGGGCGCGUCCUCGGCCGGGAUAGCGCUCAGCUUCGGCCCUGGCAGGUCGCGGCCCCGCCCGGCGCCGCGCACUUUCGGUUUCCAGUCCCCGCAGCCCCUGGGCGGGGCGAGGAGCCGGGUGGGCGGCCCGGAGGAGGAGGAGGCCGCGCAGGACGAGGAGGCGGUGCCGCGGGCGCUAGCGAGAGGCCGGGCCGAGCUCGCCUGCGCCCCCGCCCUCGGGGCGGGCGGAAGGGCGGCGUCGCCUCAGCCCCCGCGGCGGCGGCUGGACUGGCGGCUCCCGCGGGCGCGGCUGAGGGGAGGGCGCGGCGGGGGGCGGGCUGACUGCGGCCCGGGCGGCCGCAGGUCUCGGCCGGCCCCGGAGCAGGGGGGACGCGGCGGGCGGCUCGUGCGUGCCAAGCGCGACAUGGCGCGGAGGCUGAGCAGCCCCGGAGGCCCAGUUGGCAUGAUCAAGCAAUACGGGAGAGGAGACGUCAACUUUGAGUCUCCAGGAAGAUGAGAAUAACGUCUACGGUCUUAACAUCUCUUAAGGUUUGCUGACAACCGAAUUAAAUGGAGGGUAAAUUCCGGAGUAAGAAAGGAUUGGCCUGAGGGAGCCAUGGAUGCCAGUGUGUCUGAUCUCUUGAAGAGAUUCCAGUGUCCUGAAACGGGCACUUCUCUGGACACAGACCACAGAUCAGCACUGUCUCCUGCUGGCCCCAUCCCACAAGGCUUUUAUAUAUUUGGCCCAAGGACUUUGCAUGAUCUUUUCAGGAGGUUUUUUUGUUCUUUUUUUUUUUUUUUUUUAAAGACUGGGGUGUGGUGUGGUGUGCACUGCUACUGGAAAUACUGAAUAGCAGAAACAUUUGGCCUCUUAAUCUGUAGAAAUAAAAGUCUGAUCAGGUA